CAAUUGACCACUAGCAAAAAAGGAGUCUCACAUUGAACAAGAAGUAACCCGAGCACUUUUCCCAGACUCCAUUGUCUCAACGGUGGUUGCUUGAUCCUUUCUCCCUUUCAGCUGAUCAUCUCGUGCUUCUGUGAAAGGCUGACGCCGCCUACGCGGACGACACGAGUUGAAAGAAGGCCUGGCCCAGUCUUGCCGCCCACGGGUCCAUUCUCGCGGUCGGAUCUCUCAACAGAGGCUGUAGUAGGUAGUAGGAUGCUCUUGUGCUGGCUUGUUUACUGCCUGCCUUUCAUACCUACGUGAAUAGGAUACUUCAUUGGACGGAGUACGGUGUUGGGCUUCCCCGAGCGAACAAUCCCAGUCUUUUCAUAAGCCACUUUCAAGUCGUACAUACGAAAAGGCGACUUCAAUUCAUAGGCCUUUUCCGGUCCUUGUUCUGCGGGAACACAUAUCGAAAAUUGGUGAUAGUGACAGCAAACGCUCGUAUAUCAGAUGUGCAACCCUAAGACUAAGAAGCAACCUUUUGUUAUUUUUUGUGUUUAAGUGUUCAUACUUCCAUGGUGAAACUUCAUUUUGCUAUCUGGAGUGCAUCUGAAGUUUUCAAUGGUGUGAGGUCCACCGCCAGCGAAGGCAAGACUUUGGGGGGCAUGGAUGUUCGUCCUUUUCAAAAACACAAAAGCAAGGGGGAACAAGAACAUGAGCUGAAAUACAGCUAAGCCCUCCUCGUUUUAGGCAGACAAAACAGAAUCGAGUUUCUCCGCCGACUAAAAUGUACACAAAGUUAGGGCCAUGCCGCCAAAGCCUGAGCAUUAUCCCCAUCAUCGUCAGAAUCUGCAUUCGCCUCGUGGUCUCACAUGGAAUCCCCGACACUUCCACAACUCUCAUCGGCUUUGGCGCAAGCAUUACAGCACAGCAAUCAUCUCAACGGUGAGAUCACCACCACCGAUGUCUACGAGCCAGAGUUUGGACAGCACGUUAGCCGCCUCAGAGGGACCAUGUUCUACGUGUGUCAGGGAUCGUGUCUCUGUGGGACCGUCAAUAACCGGGGAAAGGUCAUCUAUUGCUAUGGUGACCUUGUCCCACGUCAGGGGGAGCUAUUUGCAGAGGGCACAGAGUCCAAUGGUUCCACUACCAGUAAAGACCUCUUGGCAGCUCUCCUAGGUGCAUGGAUAGUGGGCAUCCUCGCAUUACUUAUAGUUCUUCUCCUUAUCCGCAAAAGUAUCGUUUCCGUCAAGCACCACCUGGAGAAAGUCUCAGAUCGGUUACCGGUUUAUCACGACGAUGAUCUCUUGUCUCAGAAUUCCACAACCUCACCGGGGCCCGGCCACGUCAAGGAUACCACGUUGGAUAGUGUGGUGGGUUUAGAUGAUGGCGAUGGCGGUCGACACACCCCUUCUGACGCUUUGGGAUUUCAAAGCGGAAGUUUUAAUGGAGGAGGAGGAGGAGGAGGUGGCGGCGGCGUGGGCUCAGAGACUCGCACUGGGCGAAAUACUCCAACAGCCACGCCUUCAUCCACGACAAUCCGCCCCUCUGCACCUUUUCUCACGAAUAAUCAUGAACCCCCCACGAAAUUUCGGAAUUCUUCUAAUGUCAAUCAAGCCCAAUUUUCGUCCCCCAGAUCUGGGACAUUUUGGAACAAAUUCAGACAAAGGAUCAGAGAAACAUUGCUUUAGAGAAGGAAGGGGAGGAGGAGGGAAGGAGAUUUACGAUCAGUUCAAAGGCAAAUAAAGAUCAUGCAGACCAACUUGGACAGCAUGUGUACGCAAUCUGGCAUGUGAAUGCAUUUUGUGGUGCAAAGUACGUCGUUCCCCAUAUCCGCUGUUUUUUUUCAUUAUUUUUUUGUUGGGAGCAUCAAAUUUAUCUCUCAAGCGUUCCAUAUCCCACUUUAAUACUUGCCCCUCUCCCCCAUCUCCACCAACAUCUACGACAACAACAACUUCAACAUCUUUUCCCUUCCUCUUGAUGUAUAGCGAUACACUGUUCUCUCUCUCUCUUGCAAUCAUGAAAUGACCAAAUCAAAGUGUUCAAAAAAUAUGCCAAGCCGAACUCUAAUAGACAUAUACGCCACUGACCAACUGACCAAUCCAAACAUUUUGCUUGCCUUGUUUUUUGAUUGUGUGGAACUUUUAGACCACAACUUCUGCUGCUACUGCUACUACUACUACUACUACUACUACUACCUGCACCAUCUGAUACUACACUAUUGUAUACUACCACUUUGGUACUUCAACCACGACAACGAUGAUGAGUACUCGAGUGCAUACACAUACUGUACAAUAGGCACAGUUUGCAUGACCGUUGUGCGGUUGCGUUGUACGUAGCAUGCCUAUCGAAUCAAGGUAAGGACGAGCAACACGCGCUUUCUAGGACACCAUGACUUUCUUGAUUGUGUCUUUCCGUCUCUUCUAUCACUUCAAGUUUCCCAACAACAACAACAACGGCUUUGGAGCUUCGGCCUUUCAGCCCGUCCGUCUGUUUGUCCAUCUUUACACUUGCGUUCCUUCUCCCACACCAUAGUCUGUCUACAUACGUUCAUACUGCUAUGCUACUAGUAUGCUCAUGGCACACACACAUUCACAGAGUACAACGCACAAGCGUACACAAAACAUCCGAUACAAGACAAAUCACCGAGGAACUUUUUCCCAACAAAUUGUUGGUGUUCAACUGUUCAUAGCUCUUCGUACCGAGUACGUAUCUAAGGCCAAUGAGUUUCUUUUCACACACACACCUUUCCCACCUUGGUACUCCAAUAUUUAAUGUUCCUCGUUAUGAGCCAAGCAAUCGUUUUCAUCGCUGAGGGGUGAUACGAAAUGAUGCAGAGUGUCAAAUUGAUUUAUGACCUGUUUGAAUUCUUUUGUCGAAUUGCCAGCUGGCCACUAAGGUGUGAUCAAAUCGGGGCAUAAAACAGGUAUGCCACAAGUCAUUUAUCCAAAUUAUUCGAUGCCCCACUUCAAGCAAAAAGAAAAAAAAAAUACUGUACUCAGAGCACAUACGCUUACACAUUACCUACGACAUACAGUACAUAGACUACAUAUCUUAUAGACGUUUUUGCUCGUACCUGUGAAAUAUAUUUUUGUUCCAAGAGAAUUGGAUCUUCACAGUUUUGUACAAACCAACUUCAAGACUGGUUUUCUAUCGUUUAUGCUCUCACAAUUAACUCUCAGGGUUGGAAUUCUUGAUUCUGAAAGGUCCCAAUGGGUCGAGCAGGGAUGUCGACAGCCAAAGCCAUCUUACAUCUAUCUUCAGCUAUCCUAUUUCUACGCUAUUCACCCAAAUCGUUCCCAAUGUCAUCGAAAGCGCCAUAUGUAUUUUCAGUGUCCAUGUAUCUCAUGAGCUCAGACCAUCUUUUUCCAGGAUCAUCAUGACCUGUUCAGCGAGGAUGGUACCCUCACACCCGAUGGCUUCACGGACGAGUCUCCCAUUCACAUUGGCGUUCAGAGGCUGGCCAAUCAGUCCAAAGGGGUCCCUGUGGAGAACCUCAAGAAAAUGCGCCUUCAU